AUGACACCAGCUGGGGGACUGGUUGAUGUCUUCAAGAGCAGAGCUGCUGUUUGGGGGAACCUAGACAGAGCGAGGGAACUGACCAACAGGAACCUGGUAAAAUUGAACGAGGACGAACACUGGAGUUCUGCACCUGUAACGGAGGAGCCCCCUGCAGUGAUACAGGCUGAGGGGCAGCUUGGCAAAAAACGACCUGGAGGUCUUGGUUGCUGGCAAGCUGCACGCAAAAAUUGGGACUUGACAGCAGCUUUGAAUGACUAUGAGCAGCUCCGACAGGUACACACCGCCAACUUGCCACAGGUGUUCAAUGAGGGCAAAUACUGCAAGCAGCAGGAGCCAGAGCAGCCUCCCCAGGUGACGAAGGCUGAGCGGCCCUGCCUGCAAAGGCAGGAUGACAUCGCUCAAGAAAAGCGUCUUUCCCGAGGUAUUUCUCAUGCCAGCUCAGCCAUAGUCUCCCUUGCUCGAUCUCAUGUAGCAAAUGAGUGCAGCAAUGAACAGUUUCCUUUGGAGAUGCCCAUCUACACAUUCCAGCUACCAGACCUUAGCGUGUACAGCGAAGAUUUCAGAAGCUUCAUUGAACGUGACUUAAUUGAGCAGGCAACAAUGGUUGCUUUGGAACAAGCAGGACGACUGAAUUGGUGGUCCACAGUGUGUACAAGCUGCAAACGUCUUCUUCCCUUGGCUACAACAGGUGAUGGAAACUGCCUCUUGCAUGCUGCGUCUUUAGGGAUGUGGGGAUUUCAUGACCGGGACCUUGUCUUACGUAAAGCACUCUAUACUAUGAUGAGAAGUGGAGCUGAAAGGGAAGCACUGAAAAGAAGGUGGAGGUGGCAACAGACCCAACAGAAUAAGGAGUCAGGUUUAGUGUAUACAGAAGAAGAAUGGGAACGGGAGUGGAAUGAACUGCUUAAACUGGCAUCAAGUGAGCCUCGUACACAUUUCAGCAAAAAUGGAGGCACUGGUGGUGGAGUUGAUAAUUCAGAAGAUCCAGUGUAUGAGAGCUUAGAAGAGUUCCACGUUUUUGUUUUAGCCCAUAUUUUGAGAAGACCUAUUGUUGUAGUAGCAGACACAAUGUUACGAGACUCAGGGGGAGAAGCGUUUGCACCUAUACCAUUUGGAGGGAUUUAUCUGCCACUGGAAGUUCUACCUAACAGAUGCCAUUGCUCCCCUCUUGUGCUAGCCUAUGAUCAGGCCCAUUUCUCUGCUCUUGUUUCCAUGGAACAAAAAGAUCAACAGAGAGAACAAGGUAUGCUAUAA